UGACAACCAAGUCACGCAAAAACAUCAAAUUGUGUCACGUCGUCGUCUAGAAUGUCCAAUCUUCUAAAUGCUUUAUUAUUGUUCGAACUAUUGUGACUUCCUAGUAAAAAUAACGUAAUUCAUAGUCCCAAUAGUGUUUUCUUAUAGGUUUAGUUUAGAAAGUUGGCAUCUUGUCCAUAGCGGUUAUUUCGAGUUCCCUGCAUAGGUUACCGGGCGGCGGUCGCACAAAAAGAAGGCUCUAUUUAACGGGAAACGAAGCGGAAAAAAGCGAUCUGAGUCCCGGAGUCAAGAACUGGAUUACUGUGGCUGGACCGAAAAACAAAUCUACUACGAUUUACGUACCGUAAACUCGUUACGCGAUGUGAACGAGACGAGUUCUAGCGAGUGUGGAGCGAUAGAGUCUGUAUCUUGUCCCGGUAUUGAAAGGGUCGAGAUCGGGUUAAACGAGUCCCGGUAGAGAUACGUUUGGUGCGUAGACGGGGCGGCGAGAGAGAGGCGAGCUUAUACCCAGCCUAUACACUAUACAGAGGUUCGCAGGUUCAUUCGUAAGAAGUGUCGUUAUCACAGUCGCUGUUCGGCAGUCGGGCGGCGAGCUUGUUGCAGCAGCCUCUGUUCCCGUUGCGCAGAGAUCCACUUCGGCAGAAGUUUUACGAACAUCGCGCUCGGAAAUUGGAGAACCGGCAGCCAUUUCCGAUUCGUGACUGAUUAGUUACUUCAUAGAAAGUGAAACCGAACGAUUGACUCGCCAUUACAGAAUUGUGUAAGGACUUUACUUUGGGUGUUACAUCGAGUGACUAAGUGGGCAUUCAGCUGAAUAGUGAAACUGAACUUAUUUCGGACAGGUUUCUAUAUCAGCGCAGUUUUGUAAUGAAACUGUGUCUUGAUUAUUGAGGCUUGAAUCAGAUUACUCCUUAUACGGUAAUUCACAAUCUUGGGUAUUACAAGAAGUGAUUUGCUGUGGGGCAAGGAUUUAAUGUGUGCAUUGCAGAAGGAAAGAUCAUUUUGUCAUCUGAUGUCUUCGAAAGGGAUCGUGUUUUAAGUGAACAGUGACAAAUACAUACAGCUAUUAAGUGUCUAUUGAAAUGUGAGUUCUGUGCCAAUAGUGUUAAAAUCGUUUUUCUUGUGAAAACUUUUCCUAAUGAAUAAUCCAGUGUAAAUAUUCUAUUGUACGUGUUACUUACAAUCUUUCACCAUGGAGACGGAGGAACUUACGAAACUUGUUGAUGGCAUUUACAAGAAUAUCUUGGACAAGUUCAACCCUGGCGCGCGACAGAUGAUAACGGCCGGUAAAGCAUAUUUAAAGGCUUUACAUGGAGCGGCGGCCGCCUCUCGCCUGUACGUCGACGCAGUGGGUAAACUCGGCCGACAGGCGCAACAAGGGACUUGGGGAGGAUGUGCCGAUAUUGGUACCGCUCUUAUGAAGGUGGUGGAGGUCUAUCGAGAAAUUCAGGAUCAACAGAUGAACAUCCUGAAGGCGUUCUACGUGGAUUUGCUCGUCCCCUUGGAGACUAAUCUAGAGAAGGAUACGAAAGUAGUACAGUCUGAACAGAAAAGGUUUCUACAACAACACAAACUGCGUUCGGAAAGCUACAGCAAGGCCGCAGCUACCAUUAAAAAGCAACGAAAGAAGAAGACCAAUGUCACUAAAGUCGGUUCAGCUAUGGAUAAAGAGAUGAAGAGCAUGCAGAUAUUAGAAGAGGAGAAGACUAAAUUGGACGCUUUCUGCGAACAAAGCUUGAAGAAUGCAAUGACUCAAGAGCGUAGGCGAUACGGAUUUGUCCUGGAGCGCCAGUGUUCCCUUGCAAAACAUUGGCUGGCGUAUCAUACUGCUGGUGCCACGGCUUACAAUACUGGCUUGGAAGAAUGGCUUGAAGUAUCAAGGACCAGGGAGUUCUUGCCGUCCAAUGUUGAAGCAAUGUUUGUGAGCAGAAUGAGGCAAGUAUCAUUCUGGGCCGACGAGGACGUGUACGCAAGUCCUCGCAACGGUGACGACGAUGAUCGUGCUUCAGUCGGUUCUGCAUUACGAAAAACAAGAUCAGUCGACGCUUCCUGCCUAGACGUCAGAUCUAUCGCAGACCUUGGAUCACCUUCACAUGGUUUGUCUAGAGCCAAAUCAGACCUGAAUUUACAAGCUAGUCUCCAUAGUGCAGAACAAGACACAGACAUCCGUACAAAAACCCGUCCGUCAUCAAUCGCGCCACCCACAUCCACGUCACGCGAUCCACCACUGGCACGAGCUCUCUACGCCUAUUCGGCUGCUGGUGACAACCAGCUCAGCUUCCAGCAAGGAGAUAUACUUGCCCUACUGGGAGACAGGACGAAGGGCUGGCAGUAUGGAGAGAAUCUACGGACACACAGUGCUGGGUGGUUCCCGUUGGCUUACACAGAACAGAUCAUUAAUGAAGAUACUGGUGGUAGUUCACCAGCACGUUGGAGUAUAGCGCAGACGCCGAGCGAAACGCCGCCACCAGCGCCCCUGGCACACACGCAAAUGUCUGCCGCUGCGCAUGUACAUUCUCACCCACCGACACGCAUGUUCGGAGAUACUGUAACAGCCCACCACGUUACUAAGGGUCGCUUAGCUAACAGUUCACCUGGUUUACCUCCAACUUUGCCUGCUCCGUCACCAAGUGCUCUGAGCACAUCAGCGAGUGCUAACUUCCACCCAACUCCAAUCGUUGCAGCCUCAGGGGCUAUCAAAAAUUCCACAUCAGCUGCCAGUUUCACUACGCAUGCCGUCAUAGAAACUAGAACUUUCGGUCCGCAAACACUGCCAAUGAGAUCACAGGUUGCCCAAAAAACUGCUCCUGCAAAGACAGUCGUUUCAGCCGUGGGUGCUGUUGGCAACGUCUCGUUACACAGUUCGAAUGACUCGGGAUUUUCAAACGAGCCACCUCCACAGCCCGAUAUUGAUUAUAGCGAUGAAGAGGCACAACGAUUGCGUGUCCCGAUCAGUAAAUCUGCCCAUCAAAACCUGGAACACAAAACAUAUCUGUUAAAAACACAAAGCUUGAAACGUGGCCCCAGACCCAAUAAUACAAAUAACGGAUACCUCACCGAUGAUCAACAGCUACUUUUGCGCAACAUGUUAGACAUGGAUAAAGAUUCUCAAAAAAUUAAAAGAACCAAAUCGUUCUGGAAGUUUGGACGUACAACAUCUGAAGAAAUUAUGGAGGGGAUGUCCCUUUGGCAGCAUAGAGAUAUUGUAGAUACUGUACCAGAGUAUAAGAAGAAACUAUUUGUUAAAUUAAAAAAAGAUUUACGUCCAGCCCCAGACGUGCCAGAACCAAUAAAACUAAAUGGGCAAGAUAAGUCUCCUUCACCUGAGAACGUCCCGGCACGACCACAAGAAACUAUCGACAGAAAAAAUAUCAAGGUAAAUAAUGGAAUGCGACAAGCUAGAAGCUUAGGGUCCAUUCAGCAUGAAGAACGUGUUGAGAAAGAGAAAAGAGGGAAUAUGAACUACCAACAUAAUCAAAUGAUGAAUAAAAAGAGUUUUUCAGAGAAGUCUAUUGCGGAAGAAAAGCAGGAUGAAUUUAUGCAACGUAAUGAAUCUCGACACUCUGAUUUAACAAAUAGCAGUACUAUCAAAACUAAUUUUGAAAACAGUUUCUACAAUGAUGAAAACGGCGAUGGAUUUGUGAUGAAAACUGUAAAGCGUCGAGAAAUCUUGCAAAGAUAUGAUAAUGAAAGCAAUUCCGAUAACAAUUCUGUAGCUUCCAGUACAGACCCGUAUGAUUGUAUUAUUGUUGAUGACCAUAUGACUUCUAAAAAGCAACAAGAAUUAGAACGUCGUCGCCAAACUCAAAAUAUAGAUAAUGACGUGAAGAAUAAUAAAGAGAAUGCAUAUAUGCCUGAAUUUGAAGAAAUUGAAGUUACACCCAUCAAACCACAUGUUAGGGCGACUAUGUCAACCGAAAAGACGAAAAAUUCUUCUCAUGAAAGAUCACCACCUAAAGUUAUGGAAUUCAAAACAUUUAAAGAUACAUCAAAGGAAAUUAAAGCAUUUUCCGCAUCAUCUGAGACACUCAAAUAUAAGGAUGACCAACCGACUGAUCGUUAUGGUAUUCCCAUAGAACGAAAUAAUAAUGACAUAAGGAAUGAAGAUGCUUAUAAUGAACAUGAUGACGGUACUUUAAAGUACAAAAAAAGAGCAAGUGAAGAAAAGAUACGAAAGCAUAACUUUGAAAAUGGAAACAAUAAAGAAUAUCCUCAGGCUGAAAUCAGAAAUCAGAAGAAAGACAGACGAUCUUUCGAUACAAAUGAACCAAGAAUCGAUUAUUCACUAGACAGACGACACUCGAGGAAAGAUUUUACAGACACAAAGAACCGCGAAAACAAAACUAAAAACAGGAUAAACAGGAGUUAUGAUGACAGUACACUACCAUACAAUGGUACAAGAGAAGAAAGAUACUACGAAUCGAACAUAUCAUACUUUAGCGAUCAAGAAAGGCGAUCCUCGCGAUAUGAUUAUGAAACCGAUUCUAAAAAAGCUGAAAAAUCAAAGAUUAAACAAGAAGAGGCAAGACUGGAGGCGAGGCGAUUUAUGGACCAACGAAAUGAUGCACCUUACAGCGAAUCUGACGAUCAGAAAUUCAAUGAAGCAUUAAAACAACAAAGACCACAGCUAUUGCCCCGCACUAAACUUCUAAAAAGGACUGUGGAUGGAAACGAACUAUCUGAAGAAGGUCACACAUUUGGGCCUUGGUAUGAUUUAUGGGGUCGAGAAACGGCAAUGUACAAAUAGAUUCAGGUUUGAUUUAAAGUAAAGGUUUUUCUAUUCUAGUGGUUCUAGUUCUAGUUAUGUAUUCACAAUAUACCAGUUUUUAUACGUUUGUUUACUUUUCUAGAUUAGGAUAAGUUUUCCUCUAACAUGCACUUUUAUAAUUUUGUAUCUGAACUCUAAUUUGCACUGACUUUUUUCAUUUUAGAGUAAGUAUAAUUUUGUUUCAGCUAUACUCAUUGUAAACUAAAGGUGUAAUAUUAUUUCUAUUUUGUAAAUGUUGUUGUUGUUAAUGUUAAUCGUAUACAAAUAUUUAGCUUAUCAAUAUAAAGCUAGGUCAGUGAUCGCUAGAAUUUUUAAUACAAAAAUGAAUUAUUAUAGAAUGAUAUACACGGUAUUUUUAGCAGGAGUUAUUUGCUGUUUUGCUGUUUUAUAAUUGUCACAAAUAAAUAUUAUAAUUCUCUAAUUAUACGCAAGCCAAUCUAUAGUAGGUAUUACAAAUAAACCCUGUUGUUUAUAGCAUUUUCCCUCUAGUUAAAAAAGUAAAAUCUAAUUUUACUUUUUAGCUUCUUAGAGUGGAAGCACAUGUGCUGUUAAUUGACGGGCGACUAAAUACUCAAACGCAUAUAAGCGACGCGCUAAGCACUUUGCCUUAACGUUCUUAGCAGGAACAACUACCUAUGAAACCGUGAUAGAAUGAUAGAAUUUACAAAUCAGAAAUUCAGAGAACACGUUCGUACCGCUAGACAUGGAAAGCCCUUCCGGCUUCAGUUUCUCUUCCAAUUUUAAUAUAGAAUGCAACUUUAAAUCAAGAGUGAAUAUUCAAGACAGACAUUAUCUAGGCGAACACAUUCCGCCUUAGACGGUGCCAGCAGAUUUGAUUGCAGCCAAGCGCUAGUCUUUUUACCUAUCACGUUUUUUUUUUUCUUUUAAGUCCUUUGAUAAGUCAGAUAAGGAUUUUUUCCUGAUCUGACUUAUUAAGUUAUGUGUAUGAGUCCACACAAGCCUACCGCAAUUUUGGGUGUGUGAGGGCGAGGCGGUUAUUUUACCGCCGGUCAUUUAACCACCUGUGCGUUCCUACUCUGGAAUUCAUAUAUUUCAAUACAAUUCAAUUUAAAUUACAAAGUCAAUAUUUUAAAAUAAGUAAAUAUAUUUAAAAUACAAAGUCAAUUUACCUAUUAGAUUUUAGUUUUUUUAUAAUAAAGUGUCAAACUUUACAUACAUUCCUUUUGACCCAGGCCGCAGCAAUUCGCCACGGUGAAACUAAGGAAAGCUUUGACAAAUGAUCGAUCAUCGCCCGCUAUCGAGUAAUUGGUUUAUACUAUUUGAUAUAUAUUUUUAUUAUUAGUAUUAUUUUGUUAAAUAUAUCAUAUAAUUAUGUAUAUUACAAACAACGUGUAUUUUGUACAGUUAAAUAUUAUUGAUAGUUUAAGAAAGAAUAUAUCACAAUUUUUAUAAUAAUUGAAGA